AGUCUGCGACACACAGUUGAAGCUGAAAGAUCGAUUCGAUACGGCGGUCAGUCCGCAUCCGCAUCCAAAUCAAGUCCAAGUCCAAGUCAAGUCCCAGCCCGCCUCCGUUUCCAAUUGCCCGGUGCAGUUCUCAGUGAAGUGAACGAUUUAUGGAAAUUCAUUGAUUGCAAUUCAAGCCGACAAGUGUGUGAAUUAAAAACAAACAACAUUCCGAGUUACCUGAGCAGUAGCAGCAACAGCACCAUGCCACACAGCCGGAUCCAUACAAUGUGGCCCAUUAUGAUAGGUGUAAUCAUCGCCAGCUCGUGCUGCGUAGACGGCCAGUCCUAUCUCUUCAGCGUGGAGAACGUUCUCCACGAGUCCGCCCGCCCACUGCCCUACAACUUGACAAACGCCAACGGAACCACCGAGGUGGAAUUGUUUCCCGACACCAUCUCAAACAACACGCGGAUUAUUGUCUACAAGAACACUGUCGUCGAGUCGCCCAACGAUCUGUCCCAGACGGCAAUGGAUGUGAUCACGAUUGUGUGGUAUGUGGCCACUUUCCUGGCCCUGGCCGCCUUCUUCAUGCUGAUGGCCUGUUCGGAUCGCAGAUGCCGCGACAUGAGGCGUCGUCCCGCCGGAGGUCAAUCCACCGAGGGUCUGAGGGCACCACCCACGCCCUCGCCAUCCUACAGCGAAUUUGCGCCUCCCAGCUACGAUACGGUGAUCAAGAUGCAGCACGCGGCCAAGACGAGCGUGUUUGUGAUACCGUUCAGCAACAAGGCCGGUGAAUUGGGUGCACCACCGUCGGGUACGCCGCCCCCAACUUCCAACCCAUUGCCAGCCGCAGUCACCUGCGAUGUGAUCAUCGUCAAUGAACUGCAGAAGUCCGCUGACUAAGCAACCGAUAAGCCGACGGUGGAUCCCUGGAUCCGGCCUUACUAUUCCGACUCUGUGAUAUUUGCUGUUUAUGGCAAAGGGCCAAGUAUUAGAUGUCGUAAGAUCCCCACAAAAAGACUGACAAUGAAAGAUAUCUGUGUGCGCAUAUGCAUUCAAAUGCCAGUUCAACUGAAACUAGAUGAUUAAGUAAUUAACUUUAAUAAAUCAUAGCCAUAUCGUAAAUGAUUCAUCCAACGGGAUGUUUGCUAAAUGUUUACCAAG